AGAUUUCCCCAUUUCUGUUUUCGACUUGCCGCGUAACGGUUGUCAUUGCUCCCGAGUGCACACAGCGAGGCUCGCACGCAACAACAGCAGCAGCAGCCCGCACCCUCUCUUCACCUCUUUCUGGAAGAGUCAAGUCUAGACUAAGCUUAGUUUACAAGAGAGUGUUCCGAAGAACGGGCAGACGUUUUUCCUUUUUUAGUUUGUUUGAUUUGUUCGUUUUGUUAAUCUGUUGCUGAUUAAAGCCUCGCCAAGGACUCCCAACGCGAAUAAAGGAUAAGUGGAUGAGUGGGAAAGUGGGAAAACGAUUCCUCUUCAAAAGUCGACAAAUGAAAACCAACAAAAACAACAGUCAGAUCCAUCGCUUAUGCAACAACCUUUUGAGCCCAGAAGCCGCAAGUGUCGACCAGAGUAGCAAUCAGGACAGGAACCGGGGCAAUCAGAGCAUCUUGCGGAUACAAAGCAGCUACACUUACAAGUGUCUCAACCACAAUCCGCGACUAGAGGUACUGACCUGACUCCCAGCACCCAGCUCCCAGCUCUCAGCAACGACUCCUCGUGACCUGCUAAGAGAGCCGCAUACUGACGAAAGACUUGAAUUUGAAGUUGCAGUUGCAGUUGGCGGUGGCUGUGGCAUCAGAGAGAGAGAGAGAGAGAGAGAGAGAGAGAGAGAGAGACCCUGAAACUGAAUCUGAAAUUCGACGAUACGCCACGAGCGAUCCACAGACGAGCCUCCUUCCAGUGUUUUGGUUGCUGUGCUCCACAUUCAGUGGCUCUGGCUCUUGCUCUGGCUCCAUCUUUGGCUGUGUCUCUGACUCUGUUUACUGGCACUGGCACUGGCCACUGGCCACUGGAUCUGCCCCGAUAAAGGCAAUAAACAAAAGACGAGAGAGCUGUAGCUGUGGCUGAACCGCAAACUGGUUCUGGUAUCUGUUUUAUUGUGUGAUCUGCAGGCUGCAGCUUGAAGUUGUAGUUGGACUCAUGUCUUACGCUGUUGAUUAUUUCGCGGAUAUGGGACAGAUCUCACAAGAUUGUUCCUCAGCAGCCGCAAGCACAGACUUUGACAUGGAUGAUGUCGACGAUUUGGAUCAAGUGACGCAGGUGAUCGGCUACCAUCCGCACUUUCACGAUCACUUUCUCCGCACCCAGAACUUCAUCAUGAAGGGCGACGGACCCCUGCCCAACGACUACAGAUACUAUCUGGCCAUAAUUGCUGCUGCCCGACACCAGUGUCCGUAUUUGGUGAAGCGCUACGAGAAGGAGUUCAUCAAUCAGGGCGGGAGCAGAGAGUGGCUGCGCGGGCUGGACCACAUCCCCUACAAACUACGUGCCAUAUACGAUAUAAAUAAAAUAUUAGCCCAUCGUCCCUGGCUGUUGCGCAAGGAGCACAUUGAGCUUUUGACAAAGUGAAUAAAUAGCUGGUCCCUGUCGGAGGUGGUGCACGCGAUGGUCCUGCUAUCGCAUUUCCAUUCACUGUCUUCAUUUGUGUUCUCCUGCCUCACACAAAAGCUAGAUGGCCUGUCUAGUCCCAAACUGAAAAGUGCUCCUGCCACGUUGGGUGAGCAAUUAACGGCCAAUGGCUGCCUCCCACUCAGUGGAAACUAAUCCGCUUGAAUUGCAGCAACGGCCCAGCAACUGCCCUAGCAGCACGGCAUCAGUGUGGAGGCCCUGAUGGAGCGAAUGAAGGUGCUCUCCCAGAACCAGGACGAGUGCAGCGAGGCGGAGCUGAGCAGCCGAUUCAAGAACGUGGAGAUGCAGACCGCCGAACUGGCGGCCGUGACGCCGGGCUUGGCGGUGGCCUUGCCCCACAAUUUCUCUCACUAUGUGGACGAUGCUAAUUUCAUUUACCAGGACUUUGCCCGUCGCGGAGCGGAGAAUGUGAACACGUUUCGCAUACGGGACUACUCCUGGGAGGAUCACGGCUACUCGCUUGUGGAUGGGUUGUACAACGACGUGGGCACUUAUUUGGAUGAGAAGUUCCGCUCGGCCUACAACCUCACGUACUGCACCAUGGGUGGGAUCAAGAAUGUGGACACCUCAAAGUUCCGACGGGCCAUCUGGAACUAUAUACAGUGCAUAUACGGCAUCCGUCACGACGACUACGACUAUGGGGAAGUGAAUCAGCUGCUUGUCCGACCGCUGAAAAUGUUCAUAAAGACAGCCUGUUGCUUUCCCGAGCGUAUUACCACCAAGGAUUAUGAUAGUGUGCUUGUCGAGCUGCAGGACAGUGAAAAGGUUCAUGUGAAUCUAAUGAUAAUGGAAGCCCGCAAUCAGGCCGAGUUACUCUAUUCUCUGCGCGAGAUAAUGCGCUAUAUGACUUGAUCUCAUUAAAAGAAUAACUCUAUAUACGUAUAUUACACCCACACACACACACACACGCACAAACAAAUGAAAACAUGAAACAUUUUGAAAGUGCAUAAA